AUGGCUGCUGAAAUCAAGCCUGCACCAAGGACGCCAAACGAUAGAUUUUCCACAACAAAAAAGCCAGCCUUAUUGAGUAAAUUGGAAGGGUGCACCGACGAUGUAAACGCAGCGGUCGUUAUACCUGGCGAGGACGGUGUAAUUAGCGUUUGUGAUGAUAAGACAGUGCGAGUGUGGUUGAAGAGGGACUCUGGACAGUACUGGCCAUCUAUUUGCCAAUACAUGCCCUCAGGCUGCACCUCAAUGUUCUAUACACCAGAGACUAGGCAGCUAUUUAUUGGCCAAGAAAAUGGAACAGUCUCAGAGUUUACAUUGGCACAGGAUUGUAAUAGAAUAAACCCUACUCGGGAGUACUUAGCGCACACGGCUCGAGUGACUGCUGUUAAUUUUUCGCUGAGUUGCGAGUGGAUGCUGUCUGUUAGUCGAGACAAACUGUUCGCAUACCACUGCAGUGAAACUGGACGCAGGAUCGGUGGAUACUCCUUUGAAGCAUGGUGCACGUCUUUGCAAUUUGACUCGCAGUCGAAAUAUGCUUUUGUGGGAGACUACAGCGGACAGAUAACGAUGCUGAAGUUAGAUAACAAUGGUGCUACGCUCGUCACUACGCUCAAGGGUCAUACUGGUUCUGUCCGUGUAUUGAAUUGGGCUCCUCUGCCGCAGCUAUUGUUCAGUGGCUCGUUCGAUCAGACAAUAAUAGUGUGGGACAUUGGAGGUCAGAAGGGCACGGCGUACGAAUUACAAGGACACAGUAACAAGGUGACAGGGCUAUGGUAUGUGGGAAGCUGUGAGCGGCUGAUAUCCGCAGGUGAAGAUGGGGCCUUGGGGGUCUGGGAGAUGGGGGUCCGUCGACGCGAGACCCCCGCAUGGAAGGAGUCCGACCUCUGCCAGAUAUGCCGUGCCCCCUUCAUAUGGAAUGUUAGGGCGAUGAUGGAGAAGAAACAACUUGGUCUCCGGCAGCACCACUGCCGGUGGUGCGGCGCGGCAGUGUGCGCGACGUGUUCCCCGCACCGCCUGCCGCUGCCCGUCAUGGGGUUCGAGUUCCCGCAACGUGUCUGUACCACCUGCUACGAAACGUUGAGGCAUGAACCUCGCGAAUCCUUGGCUUCAUUCCACGACAUGAAGCACGCAGUGUCGUCCUGUACAUGGACGAGGCGACCGGCCGCAUGUGUACGGCGGGCAAGGACCGCGUCAUCAAGGUCUGGGACGUUGGCGUACUACUCGCCCCCGCGCCCAAGCCCUCCACCGCCGCCGAUCAGUAACGCGUGCCAACUGUAA